CAUAUGCCCCCCCUCAGCCCCCAAUUUUUUUUUUUGCCCUAGUAGAAGUUACCCCUCAACCCCUUGUUGCCCACCCUCAAUCACUAUUUAGGGUGGCAAAAAUCUUUCACAGCAUUAGGAUUCAAUACGUGAUGUCUCUGUUCUGUAUUUUCUUGUUUUAUCAUUAUUUGUGUAAUUGUUUGUGUUUCAGAUUUUCAAAGGUUUAGGUUUAGGGCUAGAGGACGAACGAAGAAGACAACCCAAGUCUCCUACCAAAAUGGUGCGUCUAAGUUUCUAACAUAAGUAGAACGUAUGUUUCCCCAAGCCUUUCAACCAGCUUAUUUGGUGGUUUGAACCAAUUUCAAUUUUCUUCUGCAAAUCUCCAUUCUCUCUAUCCCUCUCUAAAAUGGAAAAACACAACACCAUGACUUCACCAUCAUCUCCAACCUUCGUGCAAGCAGACACACACACCUUCAGAGAUUUAGUCCAGACGCUGACCGGCUCGUCCUCGGUCUUGGAGAAGCUCCACGUCAACCCACCUUCAAAACUCUUCCCUAAAUCUUUCACACCGGUGACCUCACACCAGUCAUCGCCCGUUACCCUGGCUUCAUGCUCCACGAGCGAAGGCAAACCCUUUUUCAGAAUUGCAAGGGCAAAAAAGGAAAUAAAACUAUGAUAGCUUAAGGGUUAAACGACGCCGCACGAAAGGCUUAAACGGAGAAAAGAUAAGAGUGGAGUCAAUGGCUGCGUUUCUACCGGCGGGGUUCCGCUUUUGUCCCAGCGAUGAAGAACUUGUACGAGACUACUUGUUGAAGAAGGCGAUGGGUGAAGAGCUUCCCUGGGAUGGCAUCGGUGAGUGCGAUCUAUACGGUGAAAAGCCUCCCUGGGAAAUCUGCGGCGAUCAGGAGGGUGAGAAGGUUUACUUUUUCGCGAAACUGAGAAAACUAAACAAAAGUCGAGUGGCACGAACUGCCGGAUCUGGGGUUUGGCAUGAGAACUCUUCUCAUCAUAUAUAUGAUGAGGAGGGUGAUGUUAUUGGGGCCAGGAAAUUGUUUUGUUUCAAGGUUAAAGAUGGCUCGACCAUGAAGAGAUCAGAAUGGAUAAUGCACGAGUUUUCACUCGUUGGGGAGCAUGAACCGAGUACCAGUUGGGUCCUCUGUACCCUUCAAAAGAAAGGAUCAGAAUCAAGGAUCGGGAUCAAAAGGCGCCGUGAGGAUGGAUCCCAGCAAAGAAAGAGGAUUUGCUGUGAAACUGUUCAAUCCGAUGGGCCUCCAGCAAAAUAUGGAUCGCCCUAUAUUGAUUUGGGAACCCAUAUGGAAGGAACGCCCGAUACUGAUUUGGUAACCCAAAUGGAAUUUGGCAUGCAUGCUUGUGAUAACUCUAAUUCAGAAUUUGAUUUGGAGACCUUCAUGAACAUCGUGCCCCCGGAGGGUGGAGAUCUGCCGCAAGGGACAUUAGAGGAUUUUUGGGAUGGUGACAUAUGUACUUUAUUUGCCUAGAGACUACAAUGAAUUGAGGCAAAUUGUUCGGAUCAAAACGAAGUGUUUUGGUUUUUUGUUUUGCUGUAGGUCAGUCAAGAAA